CCAAAGUAGGCUGAGCACCUCAUCUGGAUUUUAGUGCAGAUAUUUUUUUUUCGAUUUGUUUAAUAAUAGUAAGCACAUACUUGUACUAUUAUUGAUUACUACAGAUACAGAGAGAGAAAAAGUGAGAUUAAGUACAGAAGGGAUUAUCAAUAUCCAUAUCAAUUCAAUCAAGUAGAGAAUCAAAAGGGGAUGUUUUUAACCGAUUCCGAGGUUAAAGAAAGAAGACAGACCCUCAUGAAACAUUCUUGAAGAUAUCACCAAUGGAGGUCCCUUUGCCACUGCAGAAACCAUUGAGUUGUAGAGCAGUGGUUAAUGGUAGAACCCACAUCAAGAUCACGCCUUUUUUGGGAUUCCUGCCUCAUAGAACCACAAGCUUGUUGUCUUCCCAAUCUUCUUUAUGGAGCAAGGACUAUGGGGUAGCUCACAUUUCGCAUCGAAUCACUGCAAGUGCAGAUUUUUCUAGAAGAAGACAAAGAAGAACACCAACUCCUAGAACUCAAGACUCUACACCAAAAGGGUUUGUGCCAAAAACACAGCCAGGGACAAGCAGCCAGAGAAGAGAUCAGAAAAACAAUGGGCAGAAAGAAAGUCAGAGUAACUUGCCACCCAAGGAUCUUGGGACUGCAAACAAAAAUAGAAUUGAACUCAAACAAACCAGUGAAGAACAGGAUGAUGACAUUGAACAAGCAAAGGAGGAAGAUUAUGAAAAUGAAAUUGACAAUGUUGUUGAAGAGGACUGGCCAAGCCGGAAACCACCACUUGAUGCUGAAAUGAGCAAGUUGACAGAAAAUGGAAGAAUUAGAUCUGGUAAUAAGGACCUCACUGAGACAAAUGAAGUAAGAGGAGUUGCAAAGGAAAAUGAAGUUGACGGUCAUUUGAGUGGAAUUGCUUUAGAAGAUCAGCCAUUUGAUGUUAUCGCAAGUAAUAAGCCCGUCGAAAUUGAUGACCCAAAACAGCAAGACACAAUUAAGAAAAAUGAUGUAAACCAGAUCGGGAGUACUCAAAUUGUCAAAUAUAUGAGUGAAGAUGAAUUCUUGAAACCAGAGCAAAAGGAGAAGGAUGAUUCUUCUCUAAGGUUAAGGAUGGAAAUGGAAGCAAAUUUACGCAAACAUGCAUUGGAAAGGCUUGCUGAAGAAAAUUUUGAGAAAGGAAACAGAUUAUUCUGUUAUCCUGAAUUGGUAAAACCUGAUCAAGAUAUAGAAGUGUUCCUCAAUAGAAGUCUAUCCACAUUGAGUAAUGAACCUGACGUACUGAUAAUGGGAGCCUUUAAUGACUGGCGAUGGAAAUCUUUUACUACGAAGUUGGAUAAGACAAGUCUCAAUGGUGAUUGGUGGGCUUGCCAGGUCCAUGUUCCUAAGGAAGCAUACAAGAUAGAUUUUGUGUUCUACAAUGGAAAAGAUGUCUAUGAUAAUAAUGACAAAAAAGAUUUCUGCAUUACUGUUGAAGGUGGUAUGACUGUUCCUGAGUUUGAAGAUUUCUUGCUUGAGGAGAAACGCAAGGAGUUGGAGAAACUUGCGAAGGAGGAAGCUGAAAGGAAAAGACAUGAAGAAGAACAGAAGCGCAUAGAAGCAGAGAAAGCUGCACGUGAGGCUGAUAGAGCACAGGCAAGAGAGGAGGCUGCAAGGAGACAGGAAAUGUUGAAAGAGUGGAUAAAAAAGGCUGCGAAGUCUGUUGAUGAUGUCUGGCACAUAGAACCUAGCGAUUUUAAAGGUGGGGACAAGGUCAGGUUGUUCUAUAAAAAGAGCUCAGGUCCAUUGAUUCAGGCUGAGGAGUUAUGGCUGCAUGGAGGUCACAAUAAGUGGAAGGAUGGGCUGUCCAUCUCAACAAAGCUUGCCAGAUCUGAGAGGAAAAGUGGAGAUUGGUGGUAUGCUGAAAUUGUUGUGCCUAAUCGUGCCCUUGUCUUGGACUGGGUUUUUGCUGAUGGUCCACCUCACCAAGCAAGGGUUUACGAUAACAAUGAUAGGCAGGAUUUCCGUGCUAUUGUUCCACGGCGUGUUCCUGAGGAUCACUAUUGGGUUGAAGAAGAGCAUCAGAUAUACCAAAAUCUCCAAGAGGAGAGACGGAUCAGAGAGGAGGCCAUCCGUGCUAAGGCUGAGAAGACAGCAUGGAUGAAAGCAGAAACAAAGGAAAGAACUUUGAAAACAUUUCUUUUAUCUCAAAAGCAUAUUGUCUACACUGAACCUCUUGAUGUCCAAGCUGGGAAUGCUGCAACUGUUUUCUAUAAUCCUACCAACACAGUCUUGAAUGGGAAGCCUGAAAUUUGGUUCAGAUUCUCAUUCAAUCGUUGGACUCACCGUAUGGGUCCAUUGCCACCACAGAGAAUGUUGCCUGCUGAUCAAAGUUCUCAUGUUAAAGCAACUGUUAAGGUUCCUUUAGAUGCAUAUAUGAUGGACUUUGUAUUCUCUGAGAAAGAGGAUGGUGGAAUUUUUGACAACAAGAAUGGCAUGGACUAUCACAUACCUGUUAUUGGAGGAGUUAUCAAGGAACCCCCGAUGCAUAUUGUGCAUAUUUCAGUUGAAAUGGCUCCCAUUGCAAAGGUGGGAGGCCUUGGUGAUGUUGUCACUAGCCUUUCCCGUGCUGUACAGGAUUUAAAACAUAGUGUAGAUGUUAUCCUUCCGAAGUAUGACUGUUUGAACUUUAGCCAUGUCAAGGAUUUUCAGUUUCAUAAAAGCUAUUCUUGGGGUGGGACUGAAAUUAAAGUUUGGUUUGGCAAGGUGGAAGGCCUCUCUGUCUACUUUUUGGAGCCUCAAAAUGGGUUUUUUGGGAAAGGCUGUAUAUAUGGUUGCCAUAACGAUGGUGAAAGAUUUGGUUUCUUUUGUCAUGUUGCUCUUGAGUUCCUUUUGCAAAGUGGAUUCCAUCCAGACAUUAUUCAUUGUCAUGAUUGGUCUAGUGCUCCAGUUGCAUGGUUAUUCAAAGAACAAUAUAUGCACUAUGGUCUUAGUAAAGCCCGCAUUGUUUUCACAAUACAUAACCUCGAAUUUGGAGCACAUUUGAUUGGCAAAGCAAUGGCAUACACUGAUAAGGCUACAACUGUCUCCCCCACUUAUUCACGGGAGGUCUCAGGAAAUCCAGCAGUUGCUUCUCAUCUUUACAAGUUUCAUGGAAUACUAAAUGGCAUUGACCCAGACAUAUGGGACCCUUAUAAUGAUAAAUUCAUUCCUGUAUCUUACACUUCAGAAAAUGUUAUUGAAGGCAAAAGGGCUGCUAAAGAAGUUUUGCAGCAGAAGCUUGGCUUGAAAAGGGCAGACCUGCCUCUGGUAGGAAUUAUCAGUCGUUUGACUCACCAGAAAGGGAUCCACCUAAUAAAACAUGCAAUUUGGCGCACUUUGGACCGCGGUGGACAGGUUGUCCUGCUGGGUUCGGCUCCUGAUCCACGCAUUCAAAAUGAUUUUGUUAAUUUGGCAAAUCAAUUGCAUUCUUCUCAUAAUGACCGUGCACGCCUUUGCCUGACCUACGAUGAACCUCUGUCUCACUUGAUUUAUGCUGGUGCAGAUUUUAUUUUGGUCCCUUCAAUUUUUGAGCCAUGUGGACUCACUCAACUUACAGCAAUGAGAUAUGGUUCGAUCCCUGUUGUUCGUAAAACUGGAGGGCUUUACGACACUGUAUUUGAUGUUGACCAUGACAAAGAAAGAGCACAAGCUUGUGCUUUGGAACCAAAUGGAUUCAGUUUUGAUGGAGCAGAUGCUGCUGGCAUUGAUUACGCACUCAAUAGAGCUUUGUCUGCUUGUUAUGAUGGCCGAGACUGGUUCAAUUCGUUGUGCAAACGAGUAAUGGAGCAAGACUGGUCUUGGAAUCGCCCUGCUCUUGAUUACUUGGAGCUCUAUCAUGCAGCUCUAAAGUAAAACAAGAAAUAGUGAGAUGGUUCAACCUGCAGAAUGGGAUGGGCAAACGGUUUAGUACAGAGAGAUGGAUGUACAGUUGAAUACUGGUUCCUGGUCUAGUUUUGCUUCAACACAGACAGCAAUGUAGGGCUGCAUAUAAUUCCAUUUACUGUAAAUAAAGCAAAGGCAGUGCCAGUUGAAAUUAUGGAUGUGGUUCCUGCAAGUUGUGCAGCAUACAGGAACACAGCUGAGGUCAGAUAAUGUAGUCUUAGUACAUGGUACAUAUUAUUAUCAACAAUCCAAUAACGACAAAGUUUUUUGGGGGCAUCAUUACGAGAAGGGUGGCAAAUUAUUGAGGAGAAGUUUGGCGUUGCCAUUUUGAGCUUGAUUUCAGAAAUAGGAUUAACAAUAUCGAUUUGUACAGAGAUUGAGAAUUUUUUUUUUCUGUUCCUCUACCAAAAAACGAAAAAAGUGUUCUUUUUUUGUUUCUUGGUGUAUGUUAAGAGUUCGUGUUGGUGGCACCAGUCAUUCUAAGGUUUUGACCGGAUAAAAAGUUGGCAGGCAUGAAAUGUAGAUUUGCAGCCUUCGUUUC